UGAACGCACUCUUUAAUAUUAUGUGAUCUGAUCAGUCAGCUGGAAUAUGCAAUUAGGAUUUGUUUGUUUUCACACAAACAUUUUAAAGGAUGUGAAUGACUCGGGCGGGCAGCAGGUGCUGGAUGAGACGAGAAAGCGGCUUGCGUUUGCUGAGCGCCGAGAAUGGCAUCAGAUGGCGUUCCCUUGCUGGUGCAGGCGCUCUACACUUUCAAAGGAAAAAAUAAUGAUGAGCUGUGCUUCAAGAAGGGCGACAUAAUCACGGUGACCCAGCGAGAGGAAGGAGGCUGGUGGGAGGGCACCCUAGGGGAGAAGACGGGCUGGUUCCCGUCCAACUAUGUCAAGGAGUACAAGCCCCAAGAUGCAUCAAGCCCGGGAGGCAGCAAGACAUCGCCCUCGAAGCUGCCCCCUGACCUGGUCGCGCAGCAGAGAGCAUACCGCAACGUGGUGCUCAAGGACCUGAUAGACUCGGAGAAGGCUCACGUCGCAGAGCUCCAGGGCCUUUUGAAGAACUUCCUCCAUCCUCUCGAGAAGUCCGACAUUCUGACGAGGGAGGAGUACAGACAGCUGACGGGCAACAUUGUCAAGAUUGUGGAGGUCCACCAGCAGGUGUUGGCGUCCCUGGAGGAAUGCAGCCAGCGACCGCCCCUGGAGCAGCGCGUAGGCAAGGUGUUCCUGACAGCCGCCCCACGCAUCAAGCAGGCCCACCAGGCCUACUGCGCAUCCCACCCCCGCGCAGUCUGCAUCCUCGAGAAGUUCAAGGAUGAGCUGAACACGUUCAUGGAGUCGCAAGGUGCAGCAAGCCCGGGGCUUCUCGUGCUGACGACCGGGCUCAGCAAGCCGUUCAGGCGGCUGGAGAAGUACGCCGGCAUGAUGCAGGAGCUGGAAAGGCACGUGGAAGAGAACCACCCCGACCGAGGGGACACCCAGAGAUCCGUCAGUGUCUACAAAGACAUAGCGUCGGUGUGCUCGGCAACCCGCCGCCAGAAGGAGCUGGAGCUGGAGGUGCUGAUGGGGGGAGUGAGGGGCUGGGAGGGGGAGGACCUCUCCACACUGGGCGAGAUCGUGCACAUGGGCUCGGUGGCAGUGGGGGCCGACCACCGCGACCGCUAUCUCGUGCUCUUCCCGGCCACGCUGCUCAUGCUGAGCGUCAGCCACCGCAUGUCCGCCUUCAUCUACGAGGGUAAACUACCCCUGACUGGCAUAAGUGUUGCAAAGCUGGAUGAUACAGACACUUAUAAAAAUGCUUUUGAAAUUUCUGGUUCUAUGAUAGAGCGUAUUGUAGCGGUGUGUCAGACGAAGGAGGACCAGCAAAUGUGGGUGGAUCUCCUGAGACAGCAGAUACGCAGCCUCGUCAAGUCUCCGACCACAUCCCCCACUGUAGGGAAGCCACAGCCUCUGCCCCCGCCUCAUAUGUCUCUGGUGAGCACGCCCGUGUCCCCUCGUGUGAGUGUGGCGACCAGACCCACCCCUCGCCCAGCUAACAAGGGCUGGAGCAUGUCGUGCCUCCGCCCCUCCCCCCCCAUUCGCCCCUGCCUGGCUCUUGGUCGCGACGACUUUCGCAAGUCGUCCCGCAGCUACACCAGGAGACACAGUGAGAGGACAUUUGAAGAGGAUGCUCAGAUCCUGCGUGUCAUUGAAGCAUACUGUGCCAGUGCCAAGUCACGCCACACGGUCAACUCCGUCGACUUGGGUCGCCUGUCCCGCGAUAACUCACCUCCCCGUAGCCCUGCUGCGGUACGACACGGCCCCCACCACAAAGCCAGGGCAUCUACGUGGUGCUGCGGACACUUUGUCAUACGCACGCUCAGGAAAACUCACUUUGAUUAAAUGUUUUCCACCAGUAUCACCAAGGCAGGCAGCAUAUUUAAAAAACGUACCGUGGAUGAGUUGGACUUAUUGAUUUUGGUGUUUAUUUUGAAUGUCCAUUAUUCAGACAUACUGGAAAUACUUUAUGCCAAAGAGAAUUAAUGUGUGCCAUGAAAAAACAUUCUGGCAUUCGAAUCAUUUCCCAGUGUCCCUGUUACAAUGUUUUCCUCGUUUCCUUGUUUCCUUUUUUUCCUUUGAUGCCCCACACUCUUUCAUCUUCAGAAUUUCAUUUAGUUUCCUCUCUUUCCCCCAUUUGUUCUGAAACAUGUGAUAAUAUUGAGCUUUUCCUCUUUUCAUUCCCUAUGAGUAGAAUUUUGUGUCUGCAAAACUGCAUGACAAAAUUUUUUUAUACUUGGACUUCUUUUUUUUUUGUAAGCUCUUAGGUGCUAUUUUCAAUCUCAUCCUUUUAAAACAGACAGUCUUUUGCUUCUGUAGUAACCUGCAUAGUAUAGUGCAUUAUUUAAACAAAAAUGCAUUCUAAUUCUGCUUAUUAUUCAGACUGACAGUUACUGUAGUGUUAGCAGCAAAUUUUGUGUUUUUCAUUUCGUGAUUCUAAGCCACUACAUCAAUGAAGUCACAACGAGAAAUUAUAAUCUUAAUUUUAGGACAAGCUAUAAAUAGUUAAAUACCUUAUAGAGGUACUUGUAGAUGGGUUAUUUUUUGUCUCUACUAUUAAUGAAAAGUGCAGUUGGAGGUCCGGGAAGAGAUGUGCUGUGAAGGACUUUAGGUGAAGAAAAUAUUUUCAUUGAAAACCAGAGUUUCCUACGAUCCAUAAGAAGUCCCAUGGCUAGCAGUGAUCAUGUUGCACCACCCAGUUUAUAGGGCACGAACACAGAUGUACAACACGGGACUGAUGUUUUUACUUUGUUUAGUUGUUUGAUGCUUCGUAAUGUACAGACAUGUUUUGUACUUCUUUGCACCGGUAUGUCUGGAUAAAGUUCUAUGUUUUACAGACCUGCUGUAGAGGUAAGGUUGUAAACCAUCAACCAAAAAAUUACGCAAGACUACAGAUAGGCAAAACAACAUGAACUACUUAUUGUGUUUGCAGGAAAUGUAGUCCUUUGGUGUCUCACAAAGUGUGUGACACUGCUGAGAAAGUACCAAUAGAAGCGAUGUGAAGUGUACUGGACAGAACCUGAUUUAUUCCACAUACUGCUCCCCUUACCACUUAGGUUAUAAAUGUACACAAAUUAAAUACUGUUAACGUAUGACAUGAUGUUACCUGCAGAGACAAACUUUACGCAGGGUGUCACCAGAGAUAUAUGUCGGAACAUCUUCCUUUAUUUUAAUGUUCAACCCAUAAAACGCUCUGGUAAUGUCUUUACCUCUUUGAUUAUAAUAAUAAUAAUUAUUAUUAUUAUUCACUUUUUUUUUGUUGGCCUUUGUCAAUAGUUUACUGACCCAUCGAAAGCGACUUGCUAGGAUCAGUUUAAUUGAAUGCAGUUUUGAAGAAACUUAAAUCAUAGUUUUUCACGUACCAUUUUUCAAAAAAACAUCUCCAGGAAUCUAUGCUAUUUUGUUGUACAUUAGUUUGUCAGUGAUAAUGCUUAAUGUUCUUAUCAGUACAACCCAAAUAGUCUUGUCAAACUUGCUCUUUGCUUGCCCAAGCAUUGCUGUGACACUAGAUGACGUCACUGCUCCUGACUUCAUAGCAAGAAAACAGAUCGUUGUAAAACGUAGAAAGCUUUGGUUUUCACUGUUAUGUUUUCCUCCGUGAUAUCUCUUGCUUGACAUUUGCUUGUUUUUAAGUUCACAGGGCCUUUAAUGUUAACGAAUUUCAUGUCCUAUUGCCAGUAAUACAAAACAUUGGUGCAUUCAACUGUAGGGUUAUAUUAUUUCGACAGUUAAAAAUUAAAUCUUUAUGAAGAGAGUUUGAUGCUGGCGGCAAGGCUUUACUACUGCGGUCUUUGAAGGCAGCUGUAACUGUCUUUCCAGAUGGCCGCGCCUCAGACGUUUUGUUCGAAAGAAAGGGCUGCACGGUAAAGCAAAGAGUAAAGUAAACAAAGAUAACUGAAGUGUUCCUGCCGGUUUUUUUAUCUUGCGUUUGCAACUCCGCCUGAAGAGUGAAAAUAAAAUUCCUCGGGAUGAAAUCAAAACUUUCAUUACUUAAAUUAAAGAUAGUAAAUUGAAAGACGAAGUGGCACGUAACGAAAACUUAUUUCACUAGAUAUAACUUUGCUCUUCAAUUUUUUUUCUAGAACUAACAAGUACUACGAGCGUGAUCUUCAGCAGUGUUAAUGCAGGGCCGAAUGUGACACUUGUUCGGAACUUUAAAAUAAACAACAGUGAAUUCUCAUCACUCAUGUGAACACUUCUAAAAAUAUACAGUUGAAAGAAAUUUUCGCACAUUGAGGAUAUUCGAUUGAGUUAGUGUAGUGAUAAGGCUAAGAGCCCGGCUUAUGGUUUGCAUCUCCAGAUAUGAGCACGGGAAUAUAAAUUACGACCACUGUCAUACACGGUAGAAACUUCCUUUGUUCCAGUAUUGCGUGCCAUUUAUCAUCCAAUCUCCAUUUCUAAUAAUUUAUCCUAAAGCUCUGUACACACAAGCCGUCUUAAAUUCUUUUACAAGAAUAUACUGCACAACUUCUUGAACACUUUGAUGUGUGGCGAUAUUUUGUAGCGUGAAUGGCAGCCAAGUAAGCUAAUAACCAGUAUACAGACCUAUUUAUUAGUUAGUAUGACAUAGAAAAAGUUCUUUAUUCACAACUGUUCUUGUACUAGAAUAACAUAAACAUAUCAGAAAUUAUUCAUUUCAUCAUUAGAAGGUAAAUUUUAGUUUGUUUUUGAUCCACAUUUAUAUUUAUUCUGGUAUAUUUUCAGUUAUUGUAUAAUCUUUUAAUCUAACAAAUACUUAGGUAUCGGUAACUUAUGUUAUAGAAGUUCCUGAAAAUUCUAAGAAUUGAAGGAAAAAGUUUUGAAAUGUUAUUAAAAUUAUAAAUGAAAUAAAAUAAAGUUAAAUAAGUACAAGUGAAUCUCCUGCGUAUUAUAUAAACCUUAACAAUGUUUAUUGUCCACUAUUUAUCUUGCAUUCUAGCUGGAAUUGGAAUCAGUGUUCACAUUUCACAUUCACUUUUGUGUGAUACAGAAAGAGGCAUGUGCACACUAGGUUUUAGAGUGUAGUGGUGUCACGUCAGUGAUUUAAACUGCUUUGCUGCCCUGCUCUGUCCGCCCGUCUAACCGUGCAAUGUGUCUACUGACGAUCCCUGGCUUUCAGUGUGCGCUGUGUUGUUACCACAACUUACUGCAUGAUUUCACUUUUAUUUUUUGUUUCUUACUAUGCUGACUUCUGCAGACUGCUAAUCACCCAUACACAUUUUUGUAUGUUACACAGGUUGGUUCAGUGCUGAAUUGUAGUGUCAGAGAACACAUCUGAAUAUAAAAUGUAAAAAAAAUUAGACAAUUUUAUAUGAUUGCUUUAUGUUUAUAUUACAAAUUUUAAUAAACCUUUGUUUUAAUGAGCACAUGCUCUUUGUUGUGACAUUUCUGUGUGUUUAAUUGACUCGUCAUAAAAGGGUGUGUUUAAUUGACUCAUCAUUAAAUGGAAUAUCUAUUUGUUUAUUUUUAAAUGUAUAUGUGAUUACCUGAUGAUAUUAUGUUUAACAGUAAAGAAAAAUGUUUAUAUAUUACUGUAGUUAAAGUGCUCACCUUGUGUAUAAAGUAGUAGUGAAGUUA